CGGGGCUGCUGCUGCAAGUACAAGGCUCUGUCCGUGCCCGAGCCGCUCACAGGAGUCGACCAACCCUGGGCCGGCCACCCCUCGGUCCCGAACCAUCCCGUGCGUUCGCUUCGCCCGCUGAAGACACCACUGAGGUGCCAGAGGUGCCCAGUGUGCGUGUGGGGGGAGAGGAAAGCGUGUGCCCGGGAGGUUGCGUGUGCCGGGGCACGGUGCCCGGGAUAGGGGUUAAACUCGAUGGAGAACCAAAGAUAGCUUUGAAAAAAAUAUGCUGACUAUUUAAGUCAUCUGAGGGAGUGUAGGAAAAACUGCUGUCACCCAACUAGGGAGAUGCAAAGAAAACCAAGUGAAGAGCAUGGCAGAGGAGGAUGGUAGAAGCACAUGAUUCCAGUGCCCAGGAUGUUUGUGCAAGAAUGGAUGGAGUGUGCCAGCUUGGGUCUCAGCAGCAGGUGCCUUUCAUUUUGGCUCACUCGUUCAUUAGGUUGUUGAAGUUUCACCGAGAAGUCUUGGUGGGUCGUAUCACAAACACAGAGUGCGUGCUGAGCAACCUACUGAAACACAAUUACAUUUCCAAUGAGGAGGCCGAGCUAUCGCAGCAGCAGCCAACACAACCAGCUAAGGUUCGACAAAUAUUGGAUCUAGUUGAGAGCAAGGGAGAAGAAACAGCAGAAUACUUCUUACACAUUUUGUACCAAGCCAGUGAGGUUUACACAGAUCUAAGCCCAUGGCUGAAAGAAAUACAGUAUCAGCCAUCAGAACACAUCCAGGCUAAAUCUGUAAUUAUUACAGACACCGUCUGCCAGUACAUUCAAAAGAUCAAACAGGAUCUACGGCAGGACACAAGGUUCGUCACUUCAUAUGUCAGGAAAGAAGAUAUUUUAUUGGAGGAUACAUACACUGAGACACUUAUGGAGUUAAUCAAUGCAGUCAAUGAAACCAUAGGAACCAUCUCCCACUUGGAGGAUUUGUUCAGUGACAGUGGAAUCAUUAAUGAAGAUGCAGAAACUGUGUUUGUAACUGGUGAUGCUGGAGUGGGAAAGACCAUACUCCUACAGAGACUUCAGAACUUGUGGUCGAAGGGUGAGCUCUGUGCUGAUGUUAAGUUCUUCUUCAAGUUUAGAUGCAGACUGUUCAACAGCUUUAAGGAGGAAGACAAGAUCUCUCUGCGAGAUCUUCUGUUCAAGUACAACUGUUACCCUGAUAAGGACGCUGAUGAGAUAUUCAGUUACAUCCGACAACAUCCAACCACUGUUCUCUUUACAUUGGACGGGUUUGAUGAAAUUAAUGUGGACAGUGACCUUAAUGAUAUCCCCGAUGUCUCAUCACCCUUUGAGCCCACGCACCCAAUAGCCCUGCUGUUGAACCUUCUCCGAGGAAAGUUAUUAAAAGGUGCCAAAAAAUUGUUAACUGCAAGGACAGGCACAAACUUACCAUUGAGGAUGGUGAGAAAGAGAGUGACGCUGAAGGGCUUUUCCAAGGAACAUUUGCUGGGUUACUUGAAGAAGUUUUUCAAAGACAAGGCUGAUCGAACUUUGGUUCUGACCCAGCUGGAGGCAAACCCUCACCUGUGCAGUCUAUGUACAGUACCAUUGUUUUGUUGGAUUAUAUUUAAAUGCUACGAACACUUUCAGUCCUCAAGCAGCCCUCAGCGGUUGUUGGAUUACGUCACACUAACAGACAUUUACCUGUUGAUGUUGGAGGUAUUCUUGAAUCGUUCUACCAAGGUGGGAUUGAACAAGCAAAGCAAUAGUCAAAAUGAGACCUUUAAAGCAAGGAAGUGUGUGUUGAUGCGUUUAGGAAAAUUGGCAAGGAGAGGAAUUGAAAACAACAACUUUGUCUUCAGUCAGGAGGAAAUCACAGCGGCCAACAUCUCUGAAGAAGAUUUACAGUUGGGUUUUAUCAAAACUGCAGGCCAUUAUGAUGGAUGUGGGAACCAGUCAACAUACGAGUUUCUUCAUUUAACCCUCCAGUCAUUUUUCACUGCUUUUGUCUUGGUUGUAGAUGAGGAAAUCAGUGCCAGAGAAACCAUUAAGUUUUUUGCCAAAUGUGAUAACCACAUGACUGGAGCCCGGGUCAAUAGUCUUCUGUUACAUUGUUUGGGCUAUAACACAUACCACAGAAAGGAAUCAUUGGACAUGAAUGAACACUUGCAGUUCACCAUUCUUUUCCUUUGUGGCCUCCUGUCUAAAGCUAAAAGGGACUUUUUCAAACAUUUGUCUUCCAUGAGGAGUGUCCAAAGAAAGCGCUCAGCACUCAAGACCUACCUUGCCGACCGUGUAGAAGCACAUUUAAAAAAUCUUCCUCAUUCCCCAUUCCAAGGCUUUUCUAGAGUACAAGCCUUGCCCCGUUUUAUCUGGCUGUUGCGCUACAUUUUUGAAACUCAGAGUGAAGCGGUCGCCAGUCUUGCAGCUAGGGGAAUUUGUGCCGAUUAUAUCAAACUCACCUUCUGCAAUGCCUUCUCUGCUGAUUGCAGUGCAAUUGCAAAUAUUUUGCGCCAUCGUAAAAAGUUGAUUGCACUUGAGUUGGACAACAACAAUAUUAAUGACUAUGGGGUGAAAGAACUAGUUCCUUGUUUCGAUAAACUCACAGUUGUCAGGUUGAGUGUAAACCAGGUUACAGAUGACGGAGCUAAGGUGCUGGCUGAAGAACUCACAAAAUACAAAAUUAUUAAAUAUCUUGGCCUGUACAGGAAUCAGAUCACUGACGUUGGUGCCCAGUCCAUUGCCCGAGUCAUUGAAGAAUGUUCAAGUCUUCAAACAUUGAAAAUUGGGCUCAACAAACUUACAAGUGUAGGAGGGAAAUUAUUAGCUCAAGCAAUUCAGAAAAACAAGGCGUUCAAAGACUUGGGAAUGUGGGGGAACCAGAUUGGAGAUUUGGGUGCUGUAGCCUUUGCUGAAGCUUUAAGGAACCAUCCUUCAAUACAGGAGCUCAGUCUGGCAGCCAAUGGCAUUUCCACGGAAGGCGGUAAAAGCUUGGCAACAGCACUGCGAGACAACAGUUCCCUGAAGAUAUUUUGGUUGACAGAAAAUCAGUUGAAUGAUGAUGCAGCAUUAAUUUUUGCAGAAGCACUCAGGAUAAACAAAAGCCUGCUUCACUUAUGGCUGAUAAACAACAAAAUUACUGCUGUGGGAGUAAACCAUUUCCUAGAAGUACUCGAUGAAAAUGCAACAAUUGAAGAGAUAUGCUUGAAUGGUAAUAGCAUAUCUGCUGAAGAAGCCAAAACAUUUGGAAAUGAAAAAACGGUUGGUACUGUGAAUGGCAUUUCUUGUGAUGAAUAUACUGGAGACUUUGAGCAUAGUACUGUUGCAAAAUGCUCACCAAGUCAAGGAAGUUUCUUUAGGUAUUGUUAAGUUGUUUCUUUUGUGGACGUGUUGACAACUCUAAGGACUGAAACUGUGCUGGAGAACCGUGGUGUUUUCUGUUAGCUCUGAAAGUAUUGAAAGGGACUGUACUACUCUUUGGACAUGACCAGCCUGUUAACUACAAUCCCAAGGCUUCAUUGCAAAGGUAUAAACAGAGCCAUGACAGCUACUGAUGAGGACUAUUCUCUCAUCACUGAUUCAAAUGAUGAUGUAUUCUGAAUUAACACAGAUUGGAAUUUCCAUUAUUCAGAUGCAUGCAGGCAACCAAAUGUUUGUAGUUAUUUAUCUUUAUUUAAGCCACAACAUUCUGAUGGUUUAUAAAAUAAAUAUCAAGGAAUGAA